CUCUCGUCUGCAUCGUGAUAGUCAUGUGGUAUUCUGAGCACGUGUUUUUGUUUUGAUUUACGAGCAGGAUGUAUGUUUUAUCGCCUUUUUGUUUUGUUUUAACCUUUGGGUUAAUUUCGACAUCCCACUUGGAAUUCAUGACAUUUGGUACCAACGGGGGUACAAACUGCGCAGUGUGCACGGUAGUACUUGGUCUGGCGGAACAACUCUCUGUGAUACAUAAUGAGACCGUGGUCAAAGGACUGGAGAGGAUCUGUUACUUCCUGCCCGACCCGUACCAAGCAGCGUGUAAAGACUUUACCGACUUCAUCGCCGCGGAUAUUAUCAAAGUGUUUUCUAGGGACGACACGGUGGAUACAGCGUGUCACAAGUUAUCGUUCUGUUUCACAGAGCCCUACUCAGAAAUGUGUCACAUCUUCCCCAUCAGACCCAAACAAAGGCUUCAACUGGAAACAAUGCAGAGACAUAGACCUCAUCGGAUUGGGGCGAAUAUAUGCGAUAUACCUGGAAUCAAAAGGAUAUGCACCUGGAUAAAUGAUAUAUUCAGUAAACACGACCCUGCCAUAGACUUGGAUGGAGAUUUUCACAGCGUGUACCAAACUUUAAGAGGUACAUCUUGGCGAGGAAAAGAUUGCGAUGAUGAAAGGAAAGCCUUCCAUCCUGGUGCAAAACCAAUAAAUGGAGACAAAAGCGUAGAUUCCAACUGCAAUGGCAUAUACGGUGUGAACCCUGCUACUGGGCGUGACUAUGAGGAGGAGUUGUGUGGGACCAGUCAACCCCGCGGUGUCGCUGUUCUCGGCGACUCCAUUGGUGCUCAUUUCCAUCUGCCAAGGGAAUGGUUCAACGCCACGGAGAUGUCUCUGAAAGUGUUCGAACCUCUUCCGUUUAUUUUGGAGAAUGAACUCGACUGGCCAGAGUUCUCGUCGACCACAGCUUUUAUGAACAAUACAGAGAAGUUUCAUGACGUAUUACACGGACCUAUAGAUUCCAUGUACAUGAGGAUGUUCGAUAGAAAUCACUGUAAUCACCGGGACUACCAGAACAUUGCCGUGAACGGAGCAAGAGCGUCCUCAAUGGCUGAUACUAUACAGUUUAGUCUCAAAAGAAACGUCACCGAUGACCAACCGAUGAUUGUCUUCUAUGCUCUUGUUGGCAACGAUGUUUGCAACGGACACCAUGAUACUUUUAACCACAUGACAACUGCGGAAGAAAUGAAGAAUAAAUCUAUAAGCACACUGAAUUUCUUAACAAAGGUUCUUCCAAAAGGAAGUCACGUGUUUUUCGUUGGACUAGCGGACGGAGCUGUUUUAUAUAAGGCGCUUAGUGACAGGGUUCAUCCGAUUGGUUCUCUGCGGAAUGACGUCACAUACUCCAACUUCUAUGACUAUUUUAAUUGCUUAGAGAUAUCUCCAUGUUUAGGAUGGAUGAAUACUAAUGCAACCAUACGAGAUCUAACAACAAAGAGAGCCAUGGAGCUGAGUGAAGCACUGAAAGAGGUCGUGACCUCCCACCAAUCUUCAUUCUCAAACUUCAAAUUAUAUUACGUGGAAAAUCCUAUAGAUCAAGUUUUGAAUGAGUGGACAAAACAGGGCGGAGAGGCGUGGGAGCUCCUAGAACCGGUGGACGGAUUCCACUCUAAUCAGCAUGGACAAGCCCUCACGGCUAAGGCUGUUUGGGAAAAUCUGGAAAAAUUGUACCCCGACGUGCUAGGACCAGUGAAUCCCAAUAAUUCCAAGAUUAAAUCUUUAUUUGGGAACCAGGGAGGCUAUCUCUGAUGUUGUUGUAAUGAGUACAGGAAAAAAGGACAGGGCUGUGCAAAGUUUCUUUUUGUAAUGGGUUUUGGAAAAUAGGACUGGGUUGUGCAAUGUUUCUUACAUAUCUCAUUCCGUGUACAGCAUGUACAAAUGAAGUUGUGAAUGAACAAUUGAAUAUCAAGGAAUAUUUUUGCUUAUUCUAAGAAUAUCUGUAUAAUUUUAAUUUAUAUAUUCUAUGUUUUUACGAUACAUUUGAUGUUCUCAGUGAAAAUAAAACAAGG